GGCGUGGCAAGAGGAGGUGACGAGACUCUCUUUACUAUUUCAGUUUUAGUUACACUCUUCCUUGCUCGCGCCCUGUGCUGAAGUGUUCCUCUCCCUCUCUCUCAUUCGCUCACUCACUCUCGCUCACGAGCAAGCGAAGGACGGAAGCAAGAUGGAGUCACCUUGGCUAAUGCUGCUGAUGAUGAUGGUGAUGGCUUCUCAAAGCUCGGCCGUCACUCCGGUAGCCAAAGCAACAACUGAGGUGGCCAGAAUACUCACAGAAGAUUACGAUAAGAAGAUUCGCCCACCUGGCCAUGGUGGUACGCAGGUGAAACUUCAGGUGUAUUUCAGGAACAUAGAUAUUGAUGAUGUUACAAUGGAGGCAAACUUCGAUAUCACCUUCAGAAUGCUGUGGAAUGACUCACGACUCUCCUACCUCUCCAUGCCUGGGGCGGAGAACGUGGAUUACGUCUCCCUUCUGGACCCUUCCCCGCUGUGGCUGCCUGACCCCUUCUUCAAAAACGCCGAGAUCACCCAGUACAAGUCAAUCCACCCAGAACUGUACCUUAGAAUAUUCCCUGACGGCAAUAUUAUUUACAGCACCAGGAUAUCACUGCGUCAGUCGUGCCCAAUGGAUCUGAAGCGCUUCCCUCACGACACCCAGACUUGCAUGAUAAAAGUGGCCAGCUACGGCUACACCACCAAGGAUGUCGAUUUGAAGUUUGGAAGUUUGUCGUCCGUAGAAUUCGGAUCCGGAAUACACGCUGAUAGAUUCCGCUUUGAAGAAUACAAUACUGAAAUAUGCAACUCCAUCACAUCCACAGGCGAGUACAGCUGCGCGCAAGUCAACAUGAAGAUAAGGCGGGAAUUUGGAACAUACUUGAUCGAAUGCUACAUCCCCUGCAUGUUCCUGGUGGUGGUGGCUUGGUUCAGCUUCCUAGUACCUGAAGGGCAGUUCGUGGGGCGUGUUCUGCUUACCCUAGUGCCUCUUAUCGCCCUUACAUCCUUCAGUAACGCGUACAAGGGGUCUCUCGCCUCUGUUCCUUACGCCACCGCUAUGGAUACGUUCAUUGGGGUAUCUCUGUGUAUUCUCUUCCUUACUCUGGUCUACGUGAUUCUCUGCAACGCCCGAACCGCCAAGAAGGGAGAGGAGAAGGCCUCCGUCAGCAGCGAGGAGGACGGCGAGGUGAAGGCAGCCAGCAGGGAGGUGGAGGGCGGGUGGAUGCGGCGCUUGGCUCACCAGAUGAAGGAGCGCGCCGAGUACAUCUCCCGCGUUACCUUAAUGAGUGUCUACUUCUUCUUCCUCUUCGUGUACUUCGUGGCUUUCUGUGGCACUGGCUAGACACGCACACGUACACACAGGCACACACGCACACACACGCACACGCACUACUGUUCAAUUUUUAGCUUUUUCUCCUUUUUUGUUCGUUUUUUUUUCCUUCAAUUUUUGUCGCGUAAAUAACUUAGAUGUCUUAGUUGUAGAGACUAUGUGGUUAGUUGUACACCAUUUGUUAUUAUUAUUAUUAUUACUAUUAUUAUCGUAAGUUGUUUGUUUUUGUAAUUACUUAUAAUUGUAGUGUUUAGUAUAAGCUAAUGAAUUACAACGAUUAUAUUAUUAUUAUUAUCAUUAUUAUUAUUUUCUUUGCACAUAAAUAUUCUUUCUUACUUAAUCUUAAUAAAGUUUUCACAUAACCUUGUCUGAACUUAUAAUUGUUUACUAAGAAUUAAGCAAUAAAAAAUCAAAAACUC